UGCCUCCGCUCGUGCGUAAUGACACUCCAGCGCAGCUCGGGACCCUUUUGCACACAGACGCCUGAGGCGCGUCAGACCGAGCGAAGCUGCGCACCCUGCCAGCCGGAUCCAUUCGGCGCAAUUAGUUCCCAUUAACUAGUGAGUCGUCCAGAGCGCGUUCGCCGCUGCUGCUUUUAUCCCCGGACCCCUCCAGCCGCGAUGAUUAAUUAGAAAAUCCCGCCAGGCUCAUCACCCCCCCCCCCCCCCCCCCCGACCCCCCUAGCACAGCUCGGCACCCAGAGUAGACUUCGAACAUGAACCGGAUAGGGGUGUCGUUCCUGGACCCUUUGGACGACUACGAGCUGGUCUACCGGAUUGGAUGCGGUACCUACGGAGAUGUGUUCAAGGCUCGUAACAUCGAGACGUCUGAACUGGCAGCAAUCAAGAUUGUCAAGCUAGACCCUGGCGAUGACAUCACGUCCAUCCAGCAGGAGAUCACCAUGAUGAAGGAAUGCAAGCACAAAAACAUCGUGGCCUACUUCGGCAGCUACCACAGGAACACCAGGCUGUGGAUUUGCAUGGAGUACUGCGGUGGAGGGUCUCUUCAAGAUAUUUACCACGUGACGGGCCCUCUGAAGGAGAAGCAGAUAGCGUAUGUGUGCAGAGAAACCCUCCAGGGUUUGUACCACCUGCAUGAAACUGGCAAAAUGCACAGAGACAUAAAGGGAGCCAACAUCCUCUUGACAGAGAGAGGCGAUGUGAAACUGGCUGACUUCGGAGUGGCAGCAGAGAUCAGCGCCUCCGUAGCCAAAAGGAAGUCUUUUAUCGGCACUCCCUACUGGAUGGCUCCGGAGGUGGCUGCCGUCGAGAAGAAAGGUGGCUACAACCACCUGUGUGACAUCUGGGCCGUCGGCAUCACCGCCAUCGAGCUGGCCGAGCUACAGCCGCCCAUGUUUGACCUCCACCCAAUGAGGGCGCUGAUGUUGAUGUCCAAGAGCAGUUUCCAGCCUCCAAGACUAAAGGACAAAAGCAAGUGGUCGGCUGGUUUCCAAAGCUUUGUGAAGAUGUCUCUGAUUAAAAGCCCCCGUAAACGACCCUCAGCGGAGACGCUGCUGCAGCAUCCGUUUGUGACACAGCUCCUGACCCGCAACCUGGUAAUUGAGCUGCUGGACACGGCCAACAACCCUGAGCUCCACAGCAGCCACACGCACAGCAUGGACGACAACGAGCUGGAGGUUGGGGAAGUGGCUCCUGACAAGAUUCAGUCAGCAGGGAAACGCCUGCCUGUAGAGAGGACCCUGUCUGAGGAACAAUUCGACCAGGUGAAGUUUGGGCCUCCACUGAGGAAAGUCACUGAGCCAUAUCCUGGUUUGCAGGGCUCCUAUGAUGAUGACUGGAGUCUGUCUGGAGACGAAGACAACUCACCGAGCCUGUUGGAAUGUGUGGAGCAAGCUCUGCAGCUGAGAAGUUUAACCAUUAAAAGGACGCCAUCUACUGAUGGAGGUAGGAAGAGCGGUUUAUUCAGUCCGUCCACUGCAUCUCUGCCGGCCUUUAGGUCUUUAAUACCCAACACAGAGGACAGCGACCUGACAAUGAGACCCAGCUGCACACUGGGCCCUGACGCUGCCGUCAUUGCUGACCCCACCUCAACAACAGGGUUGGCCAGGUGCUCGGCCACACACGACAUCAGUGAGCGCUGCAGCGGUCCGUGCCCGCCGGAGGGGGGCGCUGCAGCGGCAGAGAAGAAGAAGGUUGCCACCGUUUGCUCUACAAAAAGAGAGACUCCACUCUCACCCGAAUGGAGCACACUGAGGAAAAAGGCCGAGGACGCUAGGGCUGAUUGUCAUGGACUUCCUCCUACCCCUCAAGUCCAUAUGGGAGCGUGUUUCUCCAAGGUCUUCAACGGUUGUCCUCUUAGAAUCCACUGUGCCGUCACAUGGGUUUUACCCAAAACAAGAGAUCAGUACCUUAUUCUUGGAGCAGAGGAGGGCAUCUACUCACUUAACCUGAAUGAACUUCACGAAGACACACUAGAGAAGCUGCUACCUCAGCGAUGCACAUGGCUGUAUGUCAUGAACAACGUGCUGAUGUCCGUAUCAGGGAAGUCCUCCCAGCUUUACUCCCACAGUCUGACCGCUCUGUUCGAACAGAGAGGUCACCUGCAGAAGAAACACGGCAGUCUGUCGCUCAGCACCAGCCGCUUCACCGAGAGGAUCAGCUCCAGCCACAGAAAGUUUGCUACGUCUGUGAAGAUCCCCGACACUAAAGGCUGCAGGAGAUGUAGUGUAGCACGAAACCCGUACACAGACAGCACCUUUCUAUGUGGGGCUGUUCCAUCGGGCCUAGUCCUUCUUCUGUGGUAUGAGCCCCUGCAGAAGUUCAUGCAACUAAAGCACAUUGCGAUGAGGCUGCCGGACUCUCUGCCCAUAUUUGAGCUGCUGGUUUCGGUGUCAGACGAGUUCCCUCAGCUGUGCGUCGGGGUGAGAUACUUCAGCAACAAAAAGCAACCAAUCAGCGAGCAACUCAAGUUUGAUAUUAUAGAGCUGAACAGCGCAACCAUUUCAGCACCAGACAGCGGAGCCCUCGGGGCAGUGCAGGUUACCCAGAUGGACAGAGACACUGUUCUCAUCGCAUUAGAACGAACUGUGAAGAUCGUAAACCUGCAAGGGCUUCCAACCAAAGAGCUAGCCGCUGAAAUGCUCUUCAACUUCCCCAUCGAAACUCUAGUCUGCUUGCAGGAUAGUGUGCUGGCUUUCUGGAAGCAUGGGCUCAAAGGGAUGAAUUUUCAUUCAAAUGAGGUGACUCAAGAAAUUACAGAUCAGAGUCGAGCAUUCCAAGUCUUGGGGACAAACAGGGACAUCAUCCUUCAGAGCACACCUACAGAUGACCCCUCGGCACUCAGCAAUCUGUACAUCCUGACCGGACAUGAAAGCAGUUACUGAUGGAGAACCACUGGUCAACCUUUUCAAAAGUCCCACUGACGACUAAUGCGGAUCUAUUUCCCUGUGGUGGAGGAACCAAGCUGCAGCAGAAACCAGCCCCGACUCUUUGCGCGUUACGAAUUCAGUGACCUAUCCAGACUCAAACUGUCAGUGGUCCAGGACAAGAGACGUGUUUCUAACGUUGACAGAUUCAAACCGCAGAAGCCAUUGUUUUCAUGUUAAAACAACUUUUCUCUUCCUAGGUUGAAUCCCAAUGAGACUGCUCCUGGAGCACAUUUCCAUUCCUAAUAUCGAGAUGUACUUCGGUCAGACUGUAGAAAAACUGGAAAUAAUAUCUGUAACAGAACCCAAACGUUUGUGAACCGUUGUUUUGAAGCCUUCCUUCGUUUGCUGUCGCUUUCUCAGUCACUGGAACCGGGAGUUUGUGAUAGUCUGAGGCUGUCUGUCAAUCAAUCACAUGAAUCUACCUUAAAAUCUCAUUAAAGUGAUCUCACGAAAGCCACAAAGAUGCCCUGUGGAGAAAGUAAAACAAAGUUUGAGCUAAAGUAAGAAAGUUGUGAAAUGAUGUAAAUGCUCCAAAGUUGUAAACAUAGAAAUCGGUCUUCUACUCUUCAUUCCAUCUGAUAUGACCGGAAUGCAGCAUCAAGGAGCUACGGAAGACUGGGUGGGCCACAUGUGAAAGGUUAAUUGGAGUUGAAAGUGGGGAUCCUGAUCCUGUUACCUGAUAUACGAUGGACCAUAUAGAGAAUUUGCCUUUUUUGGUCUGCUGUCCUCAGUUUAUAGUGAGAAUUAUAAUACCCCAUUUAGUGGAUUAAAUAUAUCCCACAAUGAUCAUAGAAAACAGUAGUCACUUAACAGGCAGUGGAUGGUGUGCCAUUACGCAUUGUCUGUGAUGAAGGGAGAUGAACAUCACAUCUGAUACAAAUCUUUGCAAACAUCAAGUAUUUAGUAUUUAUUAAAUAAGCGUAUUUCACCCUGCUUUGCCACUGAGCCACAGUCUUCCUAAAUAAUUAUAUUACUAAAGUCUUUCAACUCAGAACUCAAAUAUAUAUUUUUCAGAUGUGGCCCUAAUCCCUCUCUGUAGCAAGCCGAAGGAGCACUAAGGGAACCGUACAUAUGAGAUGUUUUUACCUGCAUAAUGUGGUUUAUUUUUAAAUGGAACUCCAGUGGUGUUCAGGUUCUUUGGGAGUCGCCUGUACAGUAGUAGCAGAUACCCAUCCAUCUUAAAGUAUUAAGAGAAAAUACAAUACACAAUACAGUAGAAGCUAGUUUAAAAGAGGAUUCCAUACUGCUCACCAUGAAACACAUUGUGAUUCUUAGUUUUAAUAUUACAAAGAGUGUCUGCCAAAUCCCAUUUAAAUGUUUUUAAGUGAAUGUGCCGCCAUGUUGAGAGCCUCAGCACUGAGAAGUCCUGCUUUAUUUGUGAACUUGACGGGUCCUUUUGUUGCCGUCAGUUACCCUUUAGAGCCAAACCACUGUGUUCUCCCUUUGCUUUAUUAUUAAUUCAACUUAAACAUAAAUGUACAGUUGAUCACAUCAUAUGCCAGAGAAAAUGAAAGCUAUUCAAGUGUCCUAGUGUGACUAAAAUGUAAAUUCCACUACAUAGUUUUGUGUGUAAUCGUGUUAUUUAUGAAAAGGGAGCUGUACAAGUAACACUCACCUUUCACAGAGAGAUACUUGAAAGACAUAAUAUGCCUCUGGCUUUUUGCUUUUUUAAGAUAUUGUUAUUGUUUAUAUAGUAGAUCACAAUACUGUAUGCCUUUACAGUAUGGAAGGGUUGUGAAAUUCACAAUAAAGGUUUUAAUAUCCCUUCAAGCUUA